GUCUAUAAAUGAAGCUCUCAGCCUUGAAUGUUUUCAACACACGCAGACGAGAGACAUCAGAGAGUAUGGGGGAGGUAGUAAGUGAAGAAGUGUUCAUUUCUUCUUCUUCUUCUUCUUCUUCUUCUUCUUCUGCAGAAGCGGAGAAGAACAUUUACAAAUACAUAUUGGGCUUCGUUGAGAUGGCAGUCGUGAAAUGCGCCAUCGAACUCAACAUAGCAGAGGCCGUUGAAAGCCACCACGCUCCCGUGACGCUUUCCCAGCUCUCGUCAGCCCUGAACUGCGACCCCUCCAUGCUGUACCGCAUCAUGCGCUUCCUCACCAGCCGAAACAUCUUCAAACAAGCAUCCACCGCCCACGACGCCGGCCGGCAUCAGCGAGCCUACGUCCACACCCCGCUCUCCCGGCUCCUGAUCAAGAAGAGCGAGGCCAGCAUGGCGGCCUUUGUGAUGCUGGAGAGCAGCCCCGUAAUGCUGGCGCCAUGGCAUAAUUUGAGCGGCAGGGUCCGGGAGAACGGGACUCCGUCGUUCACGAAGGCUCACGGGAAGGACGUGUGGAGCUACGCGGAGGCGAAUGCGGAGCACGGCGAGCUGAUAAACGAGGCGAUGGCGUGCGAUGCCCGGAGAGGGAUGAGGGAGAUCGUGGAGCACUGCCGGGAGGCGUUCGAAGGGGUGAGAUCGGUGGUGGACGUGGGCGGAGGGAACGGAACCGCCAUGAGAGUGCUGGCGAGGGCAUGCCCGUGGCUAAAAUGCAUCAACCUGGAUCUUCCGCACGUAGUGUCGGCGGUUUCCGAGUGCCGGGGGGUGGUGCACGUGGGAGGCGACAUGUUCGUGAGCGUUCCGCAAGCAGAUGCCGCUUUUCUCAUGUGGGUGCUGCAUGACUGGGGAGACGAGGAGUGCGUAGAGAUCCUGAAGAGGUGCAGGGAGGCCAUAAGAGAGAAGGGAAGGGUGAUCAUAGCGGAGGCAGUGAUCGAAGAAGGAGGAGGAGAGGGAGAGGAGCUCGAGGAGGUGGGGCUGAUGCUGGACAUGGUCAUGAUGGCUCACACCAACAUCGGCAAGGAGAGGACCUUGACGGAGUGGGACCACGUCAUCACGGCGGCCGGAUUCUCCACCUUCACUGUCCGCCACCUCCCUUCUCCUGUCAAGUCCCUCAUCGUCGCCUUCCCCUGACCCACCUCUUCAUCAGGCGCACCAUCCCUUUCUGGUUCUGUAUGUGUGUGGUUGACAUGCAUGUACUGUAUUAUAUUAUUAUUAUAUUCCUCCUCUUUACAUCGAAUAAACAUGCAAGUGGAUGCUUUGUAUUUCA